AUGUUGUUCAACGUGGAUUGGUUCCUUUGGCUCACUCUACCCAGCCAAGCUCAGCAAAGCCAAGGAGUCGGCAAGAGGGAAGGUCCAUACUGGUUGCAUAUCACCAGCGACAAGAACAUUUCAGUUGACGGAUACGCAUACCGAGACCCCAACAGCAGGACGGGCUUCUUCACCUAUGACCCCGCGAAAAGCGGACACGAUGCCAGAAUCAGUGAGGAUAGUCACUUCAUGCUCUAUCGACCCUCGAAUUCCACCGACAACCGCGCCGACCUCAUAUCGUACUCAAAUCCCGGCCUCAAGACGCCAGACCCCGACGAUCCUGUACCUGGUGCUGCACACCUUCGACUUGCAUACACUCCCAGUACACCUUUAGCACAGGCGUACUUUGCGCACCCUGAAGACAACUAUACCUGGCCCAUUCAAUACGUUUCUGUUCAGGAGAGCAGCGGCCGGCUAGGUAUCAAUGGGUCAUCCAAUAUCUUUGGCGUUGAUGCAGAAGUAGGAGAAUUUCUGUCGCAAUGGUUCAUCUGCUGGGGCAUGUUCACAACUUUUUUCUGGUCUGUUGCGCCCUAUGAGACCUCCAAUUAUUGUACUGCAGUACAAAUUACUCUAGAAAAGAUUGUAAAGUAA